GGCAAGUGACGAUGACCAAAAAGUGAGAGUGUUAGGAGUAUGGAACAGCCCCUUUAGUGCUAUGGUGAAGCUUGCCCUAAAACUGAAGGGAGUGCAAUACGAAUAUAUAGAAGAAGACCUUCAAAACAAGGGCCCCCUUCUUCUAGAGUCCAACCCUGUCCACAAGAAAAUUCCGGUGCUCAUACAUGGCCGUAAACCGGUAGCUGAAUCAGUGGUGAUUUUGGAGUACAUAAAUGAAACAUGGCCGGAGAACCCCUUGUUGCCAAACGAUCCCUAUGAAAGGGCCCAAGCUCGAUUUUGGGCCAAGUUCAUCGAAGAGAAGUGUGGACGGGCAAUCUGGACGGCUUACGGUACACAGGGGGAGGAAAAAGAGAAGGCCAUCAAAGAUGCAGAAGAGGGCCUCAAAAUCUUAGAAGAAGGACUCAAAGGGAAGUUCUUUAAUGGCGAAACAAUUGGAUUUUUGGACAUCGUUGCAUGUGGAAUUGCCUUUUGGCUGCCUGUGUUAGAGGAAGCAGCUGAUAUCAAGUUUUUUGACCCUGAAAAAUUGCCUCGCCUUCGUUGUUGGACUGAAGAAUAUACAAAGGUUGAACUGGUGAAGGAGGCUUUUCCACCCCGUGAUAAGCUUCUUCCUGCCUUCAAAGCUUACCGCGACCAAAUGUUUGGCCCUAAGGAUUCUUCUACUUAGGGAUGUAAUGUUUGGCCCUAAGCUUAUGUUUGUCUAGCAAUGUAAAUUGUCUAUUUUUUUUUUUUAAUAUAACUACUUUAGAAGAUUGGGUUUUAUCUAGUUAAAGAGAUUGGAUGCUUCGUUUAACAUGAAGGAAAGAAG